AUGAAAUACGUUAAAUUUGGUAAUACUGGCUUGAAAGUUUCUCAAAUUUGCUUUGGUUGUAUGAGUUUUGGAUCACCAAAGUGGCAACCAUGGGUAUUGGAUGAAGCUCAAUCAUUGCCAAUCUUGAAGAAGGCCUGGGAUUUGGGUAUUAAUUUCUUUGAUACUGCUGAUAUGUACUCAAAUGGUGAAAGUGAGAGAAUUUUGGGUAAAUUCAUCAAGGAGAAUAAUAUCAAGAGAGAGGAAAUUGUUAUUGCUACCAAGGUUUUCUUCCCUAUCGAUAAAUCUGGUGAGCAAAAGACUCUGUUUAGAAAUGGUGUGCAAAAUCUCGUUCCAAAUACUUAUGGUUUGUCGAGAAAGCAUAUCAUGCAUGCUGUUGAAGAUUCUUUGCAAAGAUUGGGAACUGAUUAUAUUGAUUUGUAUAUUAUUCACCGUUGGGACAAUAAUACCCCAAUUGAGGAAACAAUGGAAGCUCUUCAUGAUUUGGUCAAGUCUGGAAAGGUCAGACAUAUUGGUGCUUCAUCUAUGUGGGCAUGGCAAUUCGCAAAGGCACAACACGUUGCAGAAAUGAAGGGCUGGACAAAGUUUGUCUCCAUGCAAAAUCUCUACAAUUUACUCUAUAGAGAGGAAGAAAGAGAUAUGAUUCCAUUGUGUAAGGAUCAAUUGACAACAUGCACACCUUGGUCACCAAUCUCACGUGGAAUUCUUGCCAGAGCUCACGAAUUUGCCGACUCAACCCAAAUUGAAGGAUCUUCCACUAGAGCUACCACUGAUCCAUUUGCAAAGCAAUUCGAAAAGGAAUUAACAGAGGGUGAUAAGGAAACUUUGAGAAGAGUCUCUGAGAUUGCCAAAAAGAAGGACGUCACCCCUGCUCAAAUCGCCAUUGCUUGGUUGUUGACCAAGCCUUAUGUUUCUGCUCCAGUGGUGGGUGUUACCAAGAUUGAAAAUGUAGAGUUGAAUGUUGCUGCAACAGAAAUUGUCUUUACUGAGGAAGAAAUUAAGCAUUUGGAAGGUGCUUACGUUACUAAGGCUGUUCAAGGUGCAUUGCAAUAA